UAAUUAUUUAAGUGUUGCUUUAUGCAUGAUGAACAUCAUCGCCCACCUUAUAAAUUAGCUAUCAAACCUAGUCUUCAAUCAUCAUCAAAAUCUCCAAUGAGGUUCCCUCUUCUCCAUCGUUGUUAUUUGCUUCUUUCGCUAGCACUAGCAGUUGUGGAAAGUCAUGCAGUAACUCCUGAAGUGUACUGGAAGCAUAUGUUGCCAACCACACCUAUGCCAGAAGCAAUUAAGGAAUCUUUAAUAGAAUGGAGUGAUGAAACGAGCAUUGCACCCUUUGACCAGCUAAAACAUGAUCUAAUACGGUGGUUUACAGAAGGGGAUGAUGAAAUGAUCACCGCGACCAGAGUCGGAAAACAAGUGCCAGGGCCGAAUGUUGGUGUUAGAAGAGGGGGUAAAGGAGUGCACUACGGAAACCGAAGGAAUCCGGGUUCUGUAGGGGUACAACCUGGUGUAAAUCCAUUUGUGUACAAAUAUGCUGCCUCCAAAGAUCAGCUAAAAGAUGAUCCAAAUGUAGCAUUGUUUUUCUUGGAAAAAGACUUGCAUCAAGGCAUAGAAAUGAACCUACAUUUCACGAAAAAUGACCAAAAAUCGAUGUUUUUACCGCGAAAAGUUGUGGAUUCAAUACCCUUUUCAUCAAAGGAUCUCCCACAAAUCUACAACCGUUUUUCGGUUAAACCUGACUCAAUGGAAGGUCAAGACAUGAAGCAAACACUUAACGAAUGUGAGAAUAAAGGCAUCGAAGGUGAAGAAAAAUAUUGUGCGACUUCGUUAGAAUCUAUGGUCGAUUUUGUUACUACAAAGUUAGGUAAAAAGGUGAAGGCGAUUUCAACUGAGGUGAAUGCUAAAGAAAGCACUCCGUUACAGAAGUACAAAGUUGAGCUCGUUAAAAAGCGAGGUAGGGAUAAAGUUGUGGUUUGUCAUAAACAAAUCUACCCAUACGCGGUGUUUUAUUGCCAUGAAACCGUUGCUACUCGAGCGUAUGCGGUUUCUGUGGUGGGUGUGGAUGGUAUGAAAGUGAACGCUAUGGCGGUUUGCCACAUUGAUACCGCGAAAUGGAACCCAAAACAUUUGGCGUUUCAAGUGCUUAAAGUGAAACCAGGAAGGGUUCCUAUUUGCCAUUUCUUGCCUGAAGAUCAUGUUGUUUGGGUUCAAUAUUAAUAAUAAUAAUAACUAGUUGUAAGACCCGUGUGAAUACACGGGUAUGUUUAAUAACGAUCGAAAUCAAAUACUAAAAAACAUAUUAUAAUAUAUCAUUUAAAUUCUUUGCGUUUA